GUUUGUUAAUUAAAGGGAGGACUUUUCUUGAUUUCGUCUGAGGAGAAGCCAUAUAAAAUGCAAGAGAAAAUAUCCAUUCAAUUUUAUCUCUUUCAGAUUUGCAAAGCAUGAAAUUAAUUGCUGCUCCUGCACCAGUCCACCUCCAUAGACAAGCACCACGAACUUCUCUUACCUGACUUUCUUCACAUCGAAAAGCUUUGCCAUGCCAGCAUUAGUACAGAUUUCAAUCAAUUCCUCGGCCUUAUACCCUCUCCACAAAUACAGGGGUACAAACACGAAACACCUCAUAUAUAAGUUGAACCUUUCACAACCCAUCAAUUACUAUUCACGAUUAAGAACAAAGAUUGAAUGUAUUCACAGAGACGGGUUCAAGGCUGAAGCUUUGAGGGAAAAAUUGCCAUUCUUAGGAGUGGGCAAGCGCGAAGAUGGGAUUUUGGUUAGUAAGGGUCGGAGGGUAGUCGCAAUGAGAUUCAAUAACGGCUUUAAUGGGCUUGGUGGAGGUGGUGGCGGUGAUGGUGGUGGGAGAAUCAACAGUGAAACUGCAAGAGUGUUGGGGAAUCUUGCUUUGGCAAUUCUACUGACUUAUCUUUCUAUGACUGGGCAGUUGGGCUGGCUUCUUGAUGCUAUUGUUUCCCUUUGGCUUCUUGCUGUGCUUGUACCAAUUGUGGGCAUAGGAGCUUUUCUAUGGUGGGCAGGCAGAGAUAUAGUUCAAAGCAGUUGCCCCAACUGUGGAAAUGAAUUUCAAGUAUUCAAAUCUACUUUGAAUGAUGAGCUGCAGUUGUGUCCAUUCUGCAGUCAGCCAUUCUCAGUGGUUGGUGAUGAGUUUGUUAGGGAGCCAGUGAAGUUUUCCAACGAAUCCACAGCGUUUGGUCAAGCAUUCAGCAACUUCUCUCCACUUAAAAAGAAAGAUAAGGAAUCAUCUGCUUCUGUAGUGGAUGUCGAAGCUGAAAUAAGGGAUGCAGACUGAGGCCCCUGUAAUUUACUCAUUGGUAUGAUUAUGGUUAUGUUCUUGGAGUUCUGCAUAACUAAGACGGUGAUCCUUGUUGGAAACAAACGUCGGGCUAAAUUUAAUGGAACAGUGGGAGGGAAGUAUGACAGUCGAGGUGGAACUCCAUUUCUGCCCUUGAAGAGAAUGUCCGAAUCGUGUUGUAUAGUACAUGGUCUAUUUGUAUACUGCAUAAUCUCUUUGGUUUGUCCGGUGAUGAUAACUUCAUGUUUAUACCAAGUUAUUCUGUAGAGCAUGGACUUCAGAAACUACAAACAAACCAGUAGUUUCAUAAGUUGCUUCAUACUUAUUAAAAAUAGGCAUCAUUAAUCAUAAUUUAUUUUUUCCACAUCCUUUUCCUUU